UGCAACAGCAUACAAGGGCUGCCGUCAACGCCAACAGCAGCUGCUGCCACAUCAACUUUGACAUUCUCAUAAGCAAAAUAAGCACCAACAUAAUUGCCUUGAACGUGUUGCUCGGGGCACAGACAGCGACUGUAUGCAACAUUGCUGAAAUGGUUAUCACGUGGCGUGUCCGGAAUAGCAAUCGUCACCGCAGCGGCAUUAACAAGCGAGCGAGCAACAGUUUAAGCAACAACAACAACAGUGACAGCAACAACGCUUCGAGCAUUUCCAACACGACGCCAAUGAUUGGGAGUACCAACAGCUACAACAACAAUAACAGCACCACCAAUAAUAAUAACGGUAAUUUUGGCAGUCAAACUGGACGUGCCAUUAUGUCCGUCGCAACAACAAUAGCCUCAACCUCCGCCUCCAUGGCGCUGGCGAAUAUACCCAGCAAUCUGUUGCCGCCCGCCGGCAGUGUCGACGGCUUCGACAACAACAGCACAAACAAUAACUGGUCAGUCGAUGGCGUUAGUUGGCCGACGUUGAAUCAAUCAGUGACAGACAAAGUCGACUUAAUUGAAGUGGAUUUGGCAAAUGGAUCGCUAAGCUCUGCUUAUCCUGCGCUAAGACGUUACCAUGGCGACUAUGAUGUUUCAUAUAUAGAGAGAAUAAACCCAUUUUGGUUGCAAUUCGAACCGCCAAGCACACGCACCUACUAUAUUAUGGCCAUAAUCUAUAUCAUCAUAUCAAGCAUCGGUUGUCUUGGCAAUUCACUGGUCAUAUUUAUGUUCGUACGUUGCAAAUCAUUGCGCACACCGGCCAACACAUUGGUCAUCAAUUUGGCUGUAAGUGAUCUGCUCAUGUUAAUGAAAUGUCCCAUUGCGAUCUUUAAUAAUUUCAAGCAGGGUCCAGCGCUUGGUGAUAUUGGUUGUCGCAUUUACGGCUUCGUUGGCGGUCUCAGUGGCACCGCAUCAAUAGGGACUCUAACUGCCAUAGCACUCGAUCGGUACAAUGUAGUCGUACAUCCGCUCGACCCGCUGCGCAAGACAGCCAAAGUGCGUUCCGCUUAUAUAAUCACAUUAAUUUGGAUUUACAGUUUUGCCUUCUCCAUUGUGCCAGCGCUAGAUAUUGGUCUAUCUGUGUAUGUGCCGGAAGGUUUCCUCACCACUUGUAGUUUCGAUUAUCUGGACAAAGGUGUGGGACCGCGCAUAUUUAUGUUCUCAUUCUUUGUAGCCGCUUGGUGUGUGCCCUUCGGCAUCAUUUGUUUCUCCUACUUCUACAUACUGAAAGUGGUGUUCGCCGCUAAUCGUAUACAAUCUAGCAAAGACAAAAAUAAGACUGAACAAAAAUUGGCGCUCAUAGUGGUGGGCAUAAUCGGUUUGUGGUUUCUAGCCUGGACACCGUACUCCAUCGUUGCGAUGAUGGGCGUUUUUGGCAAGCAAAAAUAUCUAACCCCACUGGGUUCCAUGAUACCGGCACUCUUCUGCAAGACUGCCGCCUGCAUUGAUCCAUACUUCUAUGCGGCGACACAUCCGCGGUUUCGCAUGGAAUUCCGACGUCUAUGGCUGGGUCGCGGCCACUUGCGGCGCAGCUCAACGACGCGCUCCUCAUAUCUGACACGUUCGUCGACGCGCCGUUUACGCGUUAUCAGCGAUGUGGACGUGCGAAAUCGCAGCAGUGAAAAUACGAAAAAGCAAAAUAAUUUGCAGGCUCUGCAGGAAGUGACAGAGGAGAACGAUGAGGAUUAUGACUUUUCAAUACCGGGAAAUUUUAGUGACGGCAUAGAGCAAAGCCGUUUUUAAUAGAAGGUGGCACAUGUUUUUAAAUGUAAAUAGGACAGUUGUUGUAGUCGCAGAAUAAUACUGUUAUACGCAUAAAAAAACUCCGUUAGUUUACUAAGUACAUGAAUACUCGUAUGUAGCUAUAUGUAUGUUGGAAGGUGUGUAGGUGAUAUGUGAUUUAUGAAAGCGUAGUUUACGUAUGCAUU